AUGAAGAGUCCUAUCCUAGGAAUUGACUUUACACGCUCGUCGAAGCCCCGCCGCCCGUCGUUUACGCUCGUCUCGGCGAAGGAGUCGCAUGAUCUGCUCAGUGAUUCCUCUGCAACGAACCUUGCGAAUGGUGGGUGCUGUGGUGGCGGGUGUUGCAGAUUGCCUGGGAAUCAGGUCGUAGCCAAAUCUGUACCGCUCUUACGUCCAACGAUUGCUGCACCAGAUAAUAGGGCGUUCAAGAGCCUCAAUCUCAAUCUUGCACCCCUCACCUCGCGGGCCCGUUUGACUGGUACUACCGCACUCCCCCCACAGACGAUCUCACUGGCCCCCAUUGAGGCUCCGAAGAACGGUGCCACUGCCAGUGCCGCUACUUCUGUUCACGAAUCCACCGCGUACACCCAUCCGCCCAAAUUCGUCUCUCCGCAUCCCCCGUACAGCGUUUUCUCGGCUAAGAUUGAUGGGACGCGCGAGUUGACUAAGCCUGGUGCCGAGAAGAGGACAUACCACUUUGAUCUUGACGUUACCGACUACCCGGAAGAGGCUCCAGGAGUUGAUUUCCGUGUGGGUGGCGCAAUCGGGAUCUGUGCGCCCAACAACUUCGACACCGUUGAUGAGAUCUUUGACAUGCUCGGUAUCGACGCCGCGGAGCGAGAUGCACCCGUCACCCUGCAUACGCAAGGCGGGCGUUGGCCGACGAUCUGGGGCCAGGAGGAAGAGAGAUCCCUGGUGACAACCAGACGUGAGCUCUUGACCUGGACGGUCGAUAUCCAGUCGUACCCGCCGACGAAGAACAUCCUCCGCCUGAUGGCUGAGUAUGCGACUGACGAGAACGAGAAGACAAUUCUCCUCUACCUGUGCUCCAAGCAGGGGCAAGCCGCGUUUUGCGAGCUCCGGACCGGGCCCUAUGUAUCAUUGAUCCAAUUACUCAACGCCUUCCCGUCCUCGAAGCCUAACUUGGAGCACCUGCUAUGCAAUCUCAAGACGCUGAUGCCGCGCUUCUACUCGCUCUCAAAUGACCCGCAUGAAUCGCGCUUCGAGCACCGCCGCAUCGUCGAGAUCGCCGUCUCCGUGCACGAGUCCCCCGAGAACUGGCGCGACGGUAACCGCACCGGUGUCGGCUCAGGCUUCUUUGAGCGCUGUGCACGCCGCAUGCUUGACGGCGGCGAGACCGAGGUCCGCAUCCCGAUGUUCCGUGGACUCAUGGCGAACCCGCUGGCGAAGGAGUUUGUCACCGAUGGACCGAUGCUCUUGAUUGGUGCUGGUGUGGGCAUUGCGCCGUUUAGAGGCUUCGUGCAGAGGAGACUUCAGAGCGCCAACUGCGCGAAUAAAGUCUGGGUCCUGCAAGGCGUCCGCGACUCGCUCCUGGACGAGCUGUACUCGGGUGAAUGGGGCGCCCACGAAGACAAGAUUCGCAAGGUUGUCGAGUCUCGCGUCGGCACUGGGCGUUACGUUCAAGAGGAAGUAAUCGCGCAGGCGGACCUGGUAUGGUCCAUCGUCAACGCACUCGAUGGGCGUGUAUUCGUGUGCGGCUCCUCCAAGGGUAUGGGUGAGGGCGUUGAAGACGCGCUCGUCAAGAUUGCGAUGGAGAAGGGCCGUCUGUCAAAUGAGGGGGCCAAGGAGUUCUGGAAGAAGAAGAAGGAGGGGGGGCAGUACAUUGCGGAGACUUGGUAG